GUCGGGGCACGGAACGGGUUAGCCGCAGUCGUGAUUCAGACGGCAGUCGAGUCGGUCCAUUUCUCCAAUUUCUCCCGGACAUCUUGGACGGCGGGCGGGUGUUAGCAGUAGCGUCAGUGGCUCCCCAUUCUUCAAGUGCGUGUUACUUUGCAAAUUUGUAGAAAUUGUCGUGUUUGCGGCGACACGAGCUCGGCGUGUACAACGCAAAGCGAUAUUGUUUAUCCGAGUGAAAGUGUGAACUUGACCACGGCGAGGGUCGACUGGGUUGACGGGAAGAUACCGAAGGCAGCCGCCUUACAAUACACAUUAAAAUAGAAGGUGCUGGAAGGCGUAGAGACGACUGUGCGUGGAACGCUCUCAACGCUGCUCCGAAAGCUACCAAAGAGAACAAGUCCUAAGAGGAGGCAGACAAAGACACACACAACCAAGGAGUCAAGAGAGCAUACGGAAAGACGCCCGCAGUACAAUGAAGAAAUUGUUGUUAUUCCUCUUACUGACCUAUUUAUGCUCCGCCGCUCUCUCUGCCAGCAUACUGGACUAUCUCACACUCGCCACUGAGGAGGAAGCAGAAGUCAAAGAGGAAGAAGUGGGCCCCAGCAACUGUCUGUGCAAUGGACCUUCCUGUAUAUGCUGCAUCGAUUUCAACAUGACCCUCAUUGAUCUCGGCGGUCCUGGUUGCGUGCGGCUAAAGUAUCUCUCCGCCGACGAAGGGAUCGCGCUGAACGUUUCCUACGGCGAUAGCGUGCUGCACAGCCAGCGUGUCAAGGGACCGGACCCGCCACCGACCUGCCUGAACGUGUUCUCCAGCCUGGCGCAGAUGUGCGCCCGGUUCAGCGAGCUGCUGCCGACGGACGAGGGUCUGCGUGGUUGCCUGCAGCUCGAACCGAUGCUGCUCGGCGACGUGCAGAUCGAGCUGCCCCUCGGCUGCUUCCGGAUGGGUCCGAAGGGCAUGGAGGUGAUUAAGUCGGCCGAGGAGCAGAUCAAGGAACAGAUUCCCAGCGAAAGCGAGGAACCGACUACGCCGGCGGUGGCCGUUGUAGAGGAGAAGCCGGCAGCCAGUAACAGUACUUCUACGCUGUCGCUGCUGGACAACCUGUCGACGGCCGACAUUCUGGCGGCGGUCAGCGAAUCGACGGACGAGGGCAUCGCCAUGAUCUCGAACUGGCUGGGGCUUUCGGUGAACCGUGUACAGAAGCCGGCCGAGGGUGGCGCCGCGGAAACGGACGCCAGCGCUGCCAGCGAGGGAGACAGUGAUAAGAAGGAAGAGGAGGAAGAGUAAGCAUCGCUCGAUGCUUCUUGGUCGGUAAUAAUGUCUCAGAGCGUCCUCGUGUGUCCACCGGGGAGGAGACAUUCAACUAUUUUCAUAGGUUUUAAAGCGUAGUAAGUUAUAUUUCACCCACAAGAAGGCAUGUCACGCACUUGUGUGUGUGUGUGCGAAAAUAAAUCACAACCAUACUUUUAGUUUUUCCU